AAAAAUGAUAAGCGAAUGGACGGUGAAAUCCUAAGCGGGAGCGAGCACGAAUGCUAAUGAAGUUAGACUCCUUUACACCCAAAGCCCUUAACUUACGUCGAAUGCACACGCUAAAACGGAAUUUGUCAGCAACACGCUCAUCGGUCUCGGUCAGAUGCACAGCGUCGUCGCGGUCAUCAUACUUUGAAAUCCUGGGUGUAACUGAAUCCGCUUCCUUGGAAGAAGUAAAAGCAGCUUUCCGCUCCAAAUCGAAAUACUUACAUCCUGAUGUCAACAAAGCGCCAACUGCCGCCCGGGACUUUAUGCUGCUUCGCCGCGCCUACACAACGCUAGCCAGUCCUGAGCUUCGAGCCGAGUAUGAAGCCAUACUGGGACUGCCUUCCGCCCGGUCACGAGACCCACGGUUCGCUCGUUUUGAGCGCUGGCGUCGGGAAGUCAUCCCUGACCUGGUCAUCCAAGUGGACGCCUGGACCCGCACAAUCGAUGGCUACCUAGCUGCAUGGCGGGCCUCGAUAGAAAAGCGUGAACGAAACCUUGUGCGUCUGUACAGCGCCUGCGCAUCGUUGGUGCGGCAGCUACAGCAGCUGCGGAGUGAGGAGGGCUGCACCCAGCAGUACAAUGCGCCACCAUCUGCACCUUGGCAGCUGCAGCCACAGCAGCAGGAUGCGUGGUGUUACCCAGACGCCGAUUUCCUGUCCGUGGCAUCUCCCGCUGAUGUUCCCAGUGGCGGCGACGGCAACGCUAGCAGCUAUGACAUCGAGAAGGUUGUAGAGGCAGCAGAGGCGAUGCUGAAGGAGAUAACAACAGAAAUUGAAGGUAUUGCCACCGACUCAGGCGACGGAACGGCACGUCUGGAGCGCGAAGUGGAGAAGCGUUACCAGCAGGUCUCCAUGCGCUAUCCCGCUUACCCUGAUAUCGUCUGGAUGGACAUGUGGGAGGAGACUUCCGGGAGCCGGGGGUCUUAUAUCGCACCUGUGGCGUUCAGGUUUGCAGCAGCGCAUUUUUGGGGCUCUCUUAACAUGGAUUUAAGCUCAGUUGAUCUCGAAUCGAGUCGCGAGCAGGCUGCAGCGACGAAAGCAGCUGAGGCAAGAGCAGAGGAAGGCGCGGACGUCACUUUGUUGCUCUCCCUUCCUGAAGGAGAAAAGGCGGUCCACAAGUUCAAAACAGGCGUCACAGUGGCAUACGUCAAGGCAUUCGUCGCCGAGCAGCACCACGUGGAAUUUGCAAAGAUGAAACUGCUACUGGGGGGAAGGAUGCUCAUCGAUCCGCUGUCGUUGUCCGACUGUCCGGGUAUCGUGCCAGGGCAAGAGAUUACGGUGGAAGUGUCCGUCAACUGAGUGACGCGUGCGUACCGUGGACACUGGGGGGAAUGCAUGGGCAACGACGCGACAGGCAGGCUGACGGGCGUCCUUGGACUUGUGCACAUGAUGAGAGCGGCUAAAACAGGCAUGGUGGUGGGAAAAGCUGGUAUUGAAGGCUGCGCCAUGUGUACAGACUGACUGUGGUGGAGAUCUGUUGCGCAUCCAUGGCGGCAGCAUCGCUGUCCUGAGCGGCUGAAGUGCUAUGAAGCGUGUUGUGGAGGCGGCAGUGUCACUUGCACUAACAUGCACAUACCUACAUACGCCAUGUUUACAUUGCGGGCGCAUGCAUGGGUGCGAAACAGGUCACAUGCAGCUAUG